AUCAAGGCCGUGUCUUUCGUCGGAUCGGACAAGGCUGGCAUGCACAUCUACUCUCGUGCAGCUGCUACGGGCAAACGAGUUCAGUGCAACAUGGGGGCCAAAAAUCACGCGGUGAUUAUGCCUGAUGCAUCGGCUGAAGCGACAAUGAAUGCUUUAACUGGUGCUGCCUUUGGAGCCGCUGGCCAGCGUUGUAUGGCCAUCAGUACUGCAGUAUUCGUUGGCGAUUCAAAGCCUUGGGAAGAGGGCUUGAAACAGCGGGCAAUGAAAUUGAAAAUCGGCUGUGGCACAGAGCCCGGUGCAGAUCUUGGCCCAGUUAUAAGUAAACAGGCAAAGGAGCGUAUUUGCAGCCUCGUCGAGAGUGGGCUGAAAGACGGCGCGCGAGUUGUUCUUGAUGGUAGAAAUGUCGAGGUUCCCGGCUUUACAAGUGGAAACUUUGUUGGGCCAACUAUACUAGCCGAUGUUAGACCAGACAUGGAUUGCUACAAGGAAGAGAUAUUUGGCCCAGUUUUACUUUGCUUAAAGGCAGAGACACUUGAAGAGGCGAUUGAAAUUGUAAAUAGUAACAAAUACGGUAACGGGACUGCCAUAUUCACGACGUCGGGCCCGGCAGCGAGGAAGUUCCAACACGAGAUUGAUGUUGGCCAGGUAGGGAUCAACGUCCCAAUUCCAGUGCCUUUACCAUUCUUCUCCUUCACGGGCUCGAGGGGUUCAUUUGCGGGCGACCUCAACUUCUAUGGCAAGGCUGGAGUCCACUUCUUUACUCACAUGAAAACCGUGACGACGCAGUGGAAAGACAGUCCAGGAGGCGUCACAAUGGCGUUCCCGACCUCCCAAAAGGUGUAGAACACACAACAAUGUGAUAUAAAAGGCCAGCGGCUCAUUAUUUUUGGUUUCCUUUGAAUUCAAUCUCCUUGUGUUCUCUGCUGAAAAAUCUGUAAGUGAAUUUUCAGAAAUAAAAGUGGAUUUCACUCA